CCCUGUGGUGUGAGCACAUACCUGUGGCUGGCAGAGCUGGGCUUGGCCAGCACAGAGCACCCCGUGAAGCCUUUGGGGUCCCCAAGGAACCCAAAAAUCCUCAUGGGAGAGCGUCAUCUCAGAAAGCUUAGAGAAUACAGGGUUAUUCCAGCACAGCCGAGCUGCCCUGCUCCCUCGCAGGUUUUCCCACCUGCAUUUGGCUUGCUGGGGCGGGUGCCAGGCUGUCCCUCUGGAACAAUGAGGGCUUGUUUUUCCCCACGGGAAAGAGCUGUGAAAGGCCACGCUGGGGCCCUGAGGUGCUUUCACUUCUCCUGCUUGCUCCUACUGAGCCGUGCUGCAGCUUACGGGACAGAAGUUGGGGUGACCUCCCAAAGGGUGCCCUCUCCAGGAUCCUACAUGCUGAAUUUGGCAGUAGGGCUUUGCUUCUGGUGAUCAGCCCCGUCGCCUUGCUCCUGUUUGGUGCCUUGAAAGCAGGAUCCCAGUGAGCUCCAGGCCAACAGCUUUUGUGCAGCUGAAAUCCCAUAUUUGAGAAGCUGUGAUCGCAGAAAGCCUGUUGCUGCAUCUCCACAAAACUCAGCAAACUGCCUUGAAAGAGACUCACCAGCGCGAGAUGGGGAGGAAGCUGGAUCUCUCCAAGCUGACCGAUGAGGAGGCCAGGCAUGUCUGGGAGGUGGUUCAGAGGGACUUCGACCUGCGGAAGAAAGAGGAGGAACGGCUGGAGGAGCUGAAGUGCAAGAUCGACCAGGAAAGCAGCAAGAGGGCGUUCCUGACAAAUCAGUCCCACCUCAACGAAACCCACUGCGUCCACUGCCUGCAGCCCUUCAAGUUCCUGCUGAACAGCAAGCGGCAGUGCCUGGACUGCCACUUCUACACCUGCAAGAGCUGCAGCCGCUACAACAAGAAGGAGCAGGGCUGGGUCUGCGACCCCUGUCGCCUCUCCAGGAUUGUGAAGAUUGGGUCCCUGGAGUGGUACUACGAGCACGUGCGGUCCCGCUUCAAGAGGUUUGGAAGCGCCAAGGUGCUGCAGUCCCUCUACGGCAGGCUGCAGCCAGGGCAGCGGGACAGCUCGGCAUUUCUAGGUCUUCACGACAGAGUUUACAGUCUGCCAGACAUAAACAGUGAAUGCCAGCUCCGUGCUGGCGGUAGCAUCGGGGAUGACAGCGAUGAUGAAGAUGAUGCCCUUCGUGGGGCCGAAGCAGAGUGUUACAGCAGGAUGCGCAAGACAAAGCGCCUGCUGUCUGUCCAUCCCUUUGAUUUUGAACUGGACUCGGAGUACUCUUCCCAGUCUCGCCGCCAGUCUGCGCAGCUUUCUCCAGCACCAGUCAGCCCAGAUGGCUUCCAGUCCUUCCCAGGUUUCCCCAGCUCGGCUGAAGAUGCCCCCCAGGAGCACAGGAUGGAGGAAGCAGGUCUGGCAGCAGUCUUCCACCACAUCUUGCAAGAACAGGAACAGCACCCAAGCCCUCCAGAGCAGCUCUUCAGCACAGAGGUUCAUCUCACUAUCAAUUCACGGAGAAGGAGCCUGGAAAGAAAUACAAAACCCGGCAGCCCCUGGGGCGAGCAGCCCCGGUCCCCGUACUCUGCAGACAUGGACACCUCUGACGAGGAUGUGAAUGGAGCCCAGAAGGUCCCUGCCUACCUGCCCCACCAUAUGAAACGCCGGAGCAGAGCCUCCUCCCAGGAGAACAUCAGCCACUCAGGAAACCAGAUUCAUGAGCUCAACAAACGCAUGUCUGCAAUCGAACGCAUGCUGAACCGCUUGGAGGAAAAAAUCCUGGUGCACUCUGCCGAGUCUCCAGCCCCAGAGCCCCAGCUCAAUCCUGACGCCGAGGAGGAGGAGCUGAAGAGGAAGCUGCAGGAGCUAGCCAGCCACAUCAGUGACAAAGAAGUUUCCUCCGAAGAAGAGGAGCGUGAAGAAAAGACAGAAGUGAAGAAACCACAGAUGAGUUCCUCCAGCGAUGACAUGGCCAGCGAGGCUAGAAAGAGGUCGUCAGCUCAGGCUUUGAGUGAAAUCACAGCCGAAGUCCUGAGAGCCAUAAACGCCACAGAGAAAGCAGUCUGUGAGUCAGUGCAUGGAGAGAGCCAGAGCAAUGGGCCCUGUGCCCCCCUCGGAGGGCAGCGUCCCAGCCUGGAAGAUGGGAAAGAGGUGGCCGAAGCAUACCGUGAGCUGGAAGAAAAUGUGUACCUGACUGCUGGGAAGACGUACCAGCUCGAGACGACCCUCGUGGAGCUUGAGGAAGGGGCUCAGCACGGUGGCACGACCGACUCGGAGCUGUCGGAGCUGGAGGACAAAGUGGCCUCGGCAGCCGCCCGUGUGCAGCAGGCAGAGAGCGAGAUAUCGGACAUCGAGUCUCGAAUUGCGGCUCUGUCCGCGGCAGGGCUGACCGUGAAGUCAGUGGAAAAGGCGAGGAAGAAGAGCGGGCAGGAGAUGUACGGACCACAGUUCCUCAGGAGAAAAUUCAACAGUCCCCUCGAAAUCAGCAGUCCCGACGACUCCUUUGAUCGCAACUCUGCAUACCGCGGCUCGCUGACGCAGAGGAACCCCAACGGGAAGAGCAGGAGGGCAGAGCGGCUCUUUGCGAAGCCCGUGAUGACCCACCUGCCCUGAGGAGAGGGGCUCCCACCCGCCGAUGAUACGAGACCUCAGUGCAGAGCCUCGCCGCCUUCCCCCAGCGCUUGCCCUUCCUUCUGCUGCCAUCUGUCCCUGGAAGCCCAGCCCGGGGGGAAGCCAGGACCCCAGCGAGGACCCUGAAAGAAGCAAGGUGCUGGGGUGCAGCAGCAUGGCCGGGUCCUCGUGUGGGGGACCACAUCUGC